AUGUCAUCAUCAGCUUAUUCACGCAAAACUCUUAAGCUAUCUCAACAACGCGGACAACACAUUCCAACUUUCGUAUUAUUAGCACUGCUAUUGAUGAAGAUAUGCAUUAGCUAUCAAUAUGUUAAACCUAACUUCGAUCAUUGGAGACGGAUGUUGAGGGUUGUAGAGAAUGUGGAUAAGUAUUCUAAACUCUUACCUCUCAAUACAAUCGAUGAACUGCCACCACCUUUCGAAAGAUUCAUUGAUCUACUCCGUAAUUAUCAGAACCCUCCAUAUAUUGUUUUCUUCGAUCAAUCAAACUAUGACGUAACUCUGAACUUUAUUUGUAAUUUACAAUACUUUGACGUGAAAGAACGUUUGGUUGCCAUCUCAUUUGAUGCGUUAGCAGAGAAAGCCCUCAAUGAAGCUUAUCCUGAAAUAACAACGGUGACAGUGGACUUCACCUAUGUAUCGUCUCUAUUAUCAACUGAUUUGGAAAAUAGAAAUUAUCUGAUUUAUCAACUAAUUUUAUUGCUUCGCUCUCGUAUAUCAGCAGCUUUAGCGAGGAAUAAAAUAGAUUUCUGGGCUGUUCAGCAGGACAGUUUAUGGAUAAACAAUGUUGCCAAUUUGAAUUUAGAGGAUAUGUAUUCAAACUCUUACAUGAUGUUUGAUAUUGUUGGAAAUGAUCACAUUCCAAUAUACGAAAGAAUGAAGGGCUGGAUAUGCGGAUCAACAUAUUUCGUUCGAGGCAAUGAUAUUACGGCCGAUUUCUUUGAUAAGGUAGCGUUAUUCAUGACGCGACGCUUGUCACCAGAUUCAGCUAUUAUGACGUACUUGUGUGGACGGAAGUAUUAUAAAUGCGCUAAACUACCUCGGAGGAUUGCAUCCAGCUCCGAUUACUUUCUCGGAAGCAGAAACUUCUUACCUGCUAUGCUGCAGAUCGAUCAUAGGAGUAAAAUAUCCAAAAUGGAUCUUUUCCGAGCCAAUAAUUUCAAUUUUCUUUUGAAUGAUGGAUCUUGUAAUUACACAGCUGUUCAGAAGCUACGACAUACAGUUCCAAUAGCAUUACGCGAAGUCAGAUUACAGCAGUUCGAGGAAAAUAACAAAUUAGAAGAUAUUUUUUAUUUCUUUAAAGAGAACUUCGGACUGGAUCCAUUCAAUAAUCGGCGGUUUCUACAUGUACACGAUACUCUUGUGUAA